AGUGUUCCUUGGACGAGGGUGAGAGUAGGAGUACGCUGGCAAGGCAGCGAGCGAGGCUUGACUGGAGAGUGAGAACAACUGUCGCGUGCACUGUGAAAGAAACUUUCAGGAAAGAAAGGAAAAAGGAGUGUGAGAAAAAAUACACCCUGAAAAUGGAAAACAAAUGAAUGAAUAGAUAAGAAAACAGAGACAAAAAGAAAAGGAAAGAAAGACUGCUUCCUCCUGCUCCUGAAGGCGGGACCAACACUAUCAGGUCUUCGUCGUCCCGCGUCGCCCUCAGCCCGCGGGUCGUAGUGGCAACGACUCGGCAGCGACGACGACCACAGGCCCCGGACGACUAAGCGGCUCUCCAGCGAUGAGAGGAUUAGGGUCGUUCCUGCCGCUGUACGUGGUGGCGGCCGUGGUCGUGCUUGGGCCCGCCACGACCCGCUCCGUGCCGCACCACCUCCACCGGACCUUCCCCGACGAGAGGCAAGCGGAGUACGUGGCCAGCCUCGGCGGACACGAGGUGGUGACGCCCGUGCGAGUGGACCGCGACGGCCGGUUCCUGGGCCACCGCCUCGACAGCGCUCACGACCCGCCCCCAGCCCACGCCCGCAGCAAGAGGGCCGCCCACGUUCGCUCGGAUCACGAGGAGGUUCAUUAUCUCAUCGCGACGCACAUCAGGCGAGUGACCCUCCGCCCCAACGGCCGCUUCCUGGCGCCCCACGCCGUGGUGGAGCGGCGGAGGGGGCGGGGUCCUACCUCCUUCCCCGGGGGCGCGCGGGAGGACCCAAGGGGUGACCAGGGAUUCGCCUCCUCCUCCCUCAGGGUCAUCGGGCACGAGCCGUCCUGCCACUACCACGGCUUCGUCAGGAACCACUCCGACUCCAGGGUCGCGAUCUCCGCCUGCAGGGGCCUGACUGGCUACCUACGCACGGACAAGGGCGAAUAUCUCAUAGAACCUGUACGCAAUCACGCCCGUGCCGCCCACGAACCCCACCCGCACCUCGUGUACAAGCGGUCCGCUCUGCCCACUCACGCCCACGAACACCACUCCUGCGCGACGAAGGGAAGCUACGAGCGAGCCCUUCACGAAAGAGAGGAAUGGGAGGAGAGUCAGGAAGACGAGAAGAAGCGGAGAAGAAGGAGGAGGAGGAGGAGGAGGAGCGUGAGCGUGGAGAGGAACGUGGAGGUGACCGUCGUGGCGGACAAGAAGAUGGUUGAUUACUAUUCGAAUGAAGACAUCAAUACAUAUAUACUCACCGUUAUGAAUAUGGUGUCCAGUGUAUACCGCGACGCCAGUCUUGGCAACGCUGUCAACAUGUACGUCGUCCGCAUCAUGUUGCUUGAAGACCCGCAGUAUGAGGAGGAGCUCGACAUCAGCCACAACGCCGACGACACCCUCAGGAGCUUCUGUCAGUGGCAGCAGAUGAUCAACCCGGGCAACGAGACGCACCCGUACCAUCACGACGUGGCUGUGCUCAUCACCAGGUACGCGGCGCUCGCUGUGUGA